AAAAUGGCCAGCCCUAGAGCUCAGAGCUUACAGUAAAGGACAGCACGGGAACUGGAGAGCUUCAAACAAGACAACACCUGCUUAGGACCUGGGCACAAAAUGCUUCAUUUGUUGUCUUUAGCCAAUAAUUGGUUCAAUGAAGUGGCUUAGACCUCAUUUGCUACGAAACCCGAACGAACGAACGAACACGGGACUCCAGGACUGGGGCUUCCCCGGCAGUCGGCUGGCAGCGUGCGCGCCUUCCUUCUCCGGAGUGAAGAGGCAUCUUGAUUAGCCCAGCAGCGGGCAAUCAGCCUGCCACACAGCCGCACGGGGUCUGACCCGGCGUUAGGACCCAGGGGAGCAGCUGGUGAGCAAGGGCAGUUUGCUUUUGGAGAGCCGGAAAAAAAUUUCUGUUUUGUGAGAAAGACGGUUGGAGCGGAGGCAGGCAGGCAGUCAGUCUCACCUGGUGGUGAAUGACAGUACAACAAGACGGGGGAAAAUCUCUGCGCCGCCAGAAUUAUCCACCUUCAACUCUCUCGGUAUAUUCUUCAUGGGAGGAGAGAGUCCUUCCAGACUUUUAUCGACACAACUACAGAAUCCCACUUCAUUGCCGAGGUAGUGCACAGGCGAGGGUUCUGCUCAGCAAGAGAAGCGAAUUGAUCAUUGGCUUUCCCUGCAACUGAUCAGAAAUUGAAAUGUUCUAAUAUAUUAAUGAUCAGGAUUCGGAAAGGCAGAUAUAACCGGCACCGGUAUUCAGCCUCGACACAUUUUUCUUAAAUUUGCCGCAUGAAGCUGUCCAAGACACUGGGUUUUCAGAGGAUGCAGCAAUUUGCUGGUCGCUAGCUCUUAUAUUUGCAGGAGACGACAUGAUCUCACAUCGAUGGAAUUUGCUGGUUUAAUUAGGCUGGCAAGCGAUCUGGUUAACGGAGAGAACACCUGCCCAUUCAUAAUUAAGAAGUUCAAGUGAAUUGUUUUGGUUAUUAUUUUUAACCAGUGGAGGCGUGAUCCGUGGGAAUGACACUGAGAAAGGCUGCCGAGGGCUGGAGGACUGGGCUGAGUUCGGGUCGGAAACUACAAGUCUAGAUUUUGCAACUUACUUACUUUAUAAUUCAAUCUCCUCUUAAUGGACCGAUCAACAUCCUUGGACAUCGAAGCUCUGAAGAUGACCCAGGAGCAGUACAUCCUGGCUGCCCAGCCCAGCAGUCUUCAAAGGCCAGGCUGUGCCCCUGUAUAUCCUGUGGGAGUGUACGGCUGGAGAAAAAGAUGUUUAUACUUCUUUGUCCUGCUGCUGUUGGUCAUCAUGAUUGUCAAUCUGGCAUUGACCAUAUGGAUCCUGAAGGUCAUGAACUUCACGGUGGAUGGAAUGGGCAAUCUCCGUGUCAACAAGGAAGGAAUAAGGCUGGAGGGCAUUUCGGAGUUUCUUCUUCCGUUAUAUGUUAAAGAAAUCCAAUCCAGAAAGGACAGCCCACUGAUCUUGCAGUCUGACAGGAAUGUGACUGUGAAUGCACGGAAUGACCUUGGGCAGCUUACAGGACAGCUCACUGUUGGAUCAGAGACUGUAGAAGCACAAUGCCAGCGAUUCGAAGUGAAGACCAGUGACGGGGGAAAAGUGCUGUUUUCUGCUGACGAGGAAGCCAUCAGCAUUGGCGCGGAGAAACUGAGGGUGACAGGUACGGAAGGAGCAGUUUUUGGGCACUCGGUCGAAACCCCGCAUGUCAGAGCAGAACCAUUUCAAGAUCUGAAGCUGGAAUCGCCAACGAGGACCCUCACAAUGGAGGCUCCUAGGGGGGUUGAGAUAAGUGCGGAUGCAGGAGACUUCAAGGCUACCUGUCGAAAAGAGAUGCAGCUUCAGUCUACAGAGGGAGAGAUAUUUCUAAACGCGAAUACAAUCCGACUGGGGAACCUUCCACUUGGCACUUCGGCGGCUUCUCUGGGUUCCACCGUCCCGAAACAGACAGUGUACGAGCUGUGCGUCUGCCCCAACGGAAAGCUGUACCUCUCCCCAGCCGGGAUGGGCUCCACCUGCCAUUCCACAAGCAACAUUUGUCUCUGGAGCUGAGAGCGAGCGGAUGAGGUUCUUCCACCAGAAAGGCCUUUGGUCACUGUUCUCUCAGUUUGGCUUUUUCUCUGCUAAGUGAAAAUCAGGAAAACUGCAGGUGGCUUCCAAAGGCCGCAUCUUCCAGACUGCGCAGGAGCAAAAAUGUUGCCUUUUUUAAUUUUUUAACGAACACAAGGAGAAGGUAUUGCAGGCGAGGAACUUGAACACAGCGCACACGGUGAGGCUAGGAUCUAGUAUAUAUUUUCUAAAACUGAAAUGAAUACACAGGUGCCUUUGCUAUUCUCAGUAAAGCACAUCAUUUACAACCUUAAAAGAGACCUUCAAUACAUGUUUUUCUUCUGUUUAAGGAAUUUCCGCCCCUGAAUGACAUCAACAAGACUUCUAACACAGUAUGCAUUUCUCUACUGUUCAACUAAAAGCACAAUAAUGCCAUGUAUAUAAUCCAACCCAAAUCAAUAAUAAAAUAAUACGAGUUUUAAAUAAUCAUUUAUCUGAGAAUGCUUGGUAGUACCUUAUAUUAUUUAGUUAACAUAGUCAUGUAUAUUUUUAUGUCUUUGUUUUGGGCUUUCAUAAUAUUUUGAAAAAUCUUUUUCUAUGCUUCACACCAUGUACUGUACAUCUAAAGAUGUUUGCUGGGACGUUACUUAAAGGAAGUCAUAAAUAAGGCCGUAUCUUCAUUUCAGCUACAUUAAAUGGCUCUGUUAGAUGUUCAGGUUGACACAUGGACAUUUGUGUUUAAGUCAGAGCUCCAUCGACAAGCCGUAGUCUGCUACACGUUCAUCCCAAGCCAGUCUGGUGGGCUUGUUUUCAAGCAUUUCAUGACGUCAGCUGUAAUUGCAAAAACAGAUUAAAGUCCGUGAUACAACGUCAUAAAGUCACCCAUUGUUGCCGUGUCAAGAGUGUGUUGCAAACAUAUUCUACGGCUGGCCUUCCAAACUGCACCCAACAAGGCUGGAAGCAACAGACAGACAAGAAAGUUCCUGUUUCAAAAUUUUACUUUUCUCGGCCACGCAUUGUCUUUUUAAAGAUCAGAAUAACGUCCUCAGUGUCUGCAAUGCACUUACAGUACCUGCAGCCUGUUCUAUUAUAGAGUAGCAAUUGUCACCUGUGAUCGACACAAGCAGGAGGCAGUGGCUGUGGGGAACAGAACAAAAGUCUAACAUGUGUCUGUGUGAAAAAAGUAGCAUCUUGUCAUCAGACUUACCAAACAAAUACUGCACUAGAAAGACAUUUUAGCCUAAAAAGGUAAAUUUAUAUAUGUUCUCUUGUGACAGUACUGUUGUGAUAAAUUGUAAUGACAUCAAAUAUUGUUUUUCUAUAAAGGUAAUGAGAUUACCAAUACAAUACAUGACAUCCCAAAUUAAAACAAAAAGCAAAAAGAUGAAUAAAAAAACAGGCUUGCAGUUCUUCUUUGAUAACCUAUUGUGCUUUUCUAGACACUAAAACACCCAAAAUUCUUUCUGCUUUCUUGCCAUGAUCCCAAAACAAUAAAGUGAUUGUGGUUGUCCUGUAGGCCGAUGACAUCUUUCAUGCAGAGUACUAACCCCACAUGUGCUGCAUCUGUGUCUCUGGCUGCUUGCGUGUUCUCACCUGCACAAGUCACACAUUCAAGAACACGCACUAGUUUGUUUGUUUUUUAAGGAAAGAGCUUCCCCUCUCAACAGGAUUUUGUUUUUAAUUUCUCAUUUAAGUGUAGGAGUUUGUUGGUCUCGUGCAACCGACAGUCCUGACAGCUUCAACAAUCUUUUGACCAAAAAUGACAUCAGGAAAAUGGGACAAAUGCACCCAGGGGGUCAUUCAGAACUGCAUCCAGAGGGCUUCCCUUAGGCUCCAAGCUGCAAACUGCAUAAAGACCACCUUAAUCCAGAUCUGUCCCUGGUGUCUUCCUUGAGUUUCAGGGUCCUGCAAGAAAAAACAUUACACACAGCAGCCUACAGCCUAGUUCAGGGGUAGAGGUCUCCUAAUUCAAUACAGAAGGUAUCAACCUAUCUCUGGUCAUUAAACAACCCAGGUUUUGAUGAAGAAAUCAGCCUCCCUAAUCCCACCCAUCUAUUUCAGACCCGGGGAGUCUAGACUCAUUUUCUGAAUCAGAAAGAUUUCAGAGCAGCAAUGCCUUUCAUUUUUAAUCACAUGGGCUUAGGUCUAUAUGUACAUCCAUCUACUUAAGAUACACCGUGAGGCACUGAAAACACAACGUGAGGUUUUUCAAAUCAAUAGAACGCGUUGUGUUUUGAAGCCUCCUGGGUUAUGAUGGGAAAUAAGCCUUUUGUAAUCUGACAUUUUGACAUUUUGUAAUCUGGUACUUGCUUGAUUGUUUCUGAGUAUAAAUUAACCACACUACACAGUGACCUGACAGGUACUUGCAGGGUCACAGUGCAGUGGGUGAGGGAUACCCCUCUCCUCCAAUCCGUGCUAUGCUGCCUGUGACUUGUUAAAAGAAGAUUUGCUCAGAGGAGGGCGGGCCUGCAUUCUCCCCUGUGUGCUGUUGCAUGGUUUAUAACUGCAAGCCAAGACGUACUGUAAAAACCACACAAACAGAGAUUCGUGAAUUGGGUGUUUUGAAAAAGAGGAUCAGAGAUGAGCUGCAAGUUGUUUUUUUAGAUUUUUGGGGGUAAACUUUCCUUGUUCCGUGUGUUUUAGGCGGGGUAUAUAAUUAAUAACACUACUUAUAGAUGGUCUGUCUGCUAAUUGUCUUAAGUAUAUCAACUGAAACCCAUGUAUUCAGGGGUUAAUGUCAGUACUGAGUAUUGCAGAAUAAAACUGGUCUGUACUAUCAUUUUUAUUUGCUUAUUAUUUAUGUUUACUACUGUAAAUUGUAAAAUAAGUUAAAUAAGGACAGAAUUAAAAAAAAACUAUUUUCUUACAGAUUCUAUGCAAUACAUUUGUAAGAUUGCAAUAUUAUUAAAAUGACAAAAGCUGUGCUUUUGUAUUUUUCCUUGCUUUCUGUAAAACGUGCAUUUUUUCUACUAAUAUCAAUUGUCAUCCUUGCCCAUUGUAUGUGAUGUCUCAAGAAACGUUUGAUCACCUGUUGUAUCAAUGUGAUGUAAAAAGCAAAGUUUGGCAAACUGUUUUUAUUUUUCUUACAGUAUGUAAGGUUUUGGAUGUGAGUCUAGCUAGACUUUCCCCUACAGCUGUCCUCACAUGUAACCACCCAAAGUAAUGAACUUGUCAAUAAAACACAAUUUGGUUUACCUUA